UCGAAGAGUAGUAAUAAAAACAAAAAUAGGUUACGCAUCUCCACAAGUUGUUUGUCACAAUGGAGACGAUGAGCCAGCUGAAAAAGGAGGACAUCCAACGUAUGUGGAGCCAGAUUGUUACCCAAACAGGAAUUGACAAAUACAGCUAUGAGGAAUGGCAGGAGAACUAUGAAGAGUUCUGGAAUUGCAUGCUGUCCACCUCGGAGCCGUACAUAAGGAUUCAAAGUAUAGAGCAACUAACGGGAUCGAAUGUCAGUGUCAUGCUGCCAAUAGCCAAGCAGUGCAAUCCUCCAGCUUCCAGACCUCCGAAUGCAAAGCACACGCAGGUUAACCCAUCUGGUGUAUCAGAUUCGAUAUCGAUGCUACGAAUACCACGCCUAAAAAUCGACAAACAGUCACUAAAAGGCGGCUCGAUGAUGGGCUUUAGGCCAGAUGAGAACAAUAAUAAGCCACAGCCAGUUGCACGUCAGAAAUCUAGAUUGCCUGAAUAUAGGCUACCACAGCAACCAGAACAGCAUCAGCAACGGCAACAAAACGAACAAAAACAUAUGAAGCAAGCACAGAAAGAACAACAGCAGCGAAAAAAGCAUCAGGACAUGCAACAACAGCAGCAGCAGCAAUCAAGACAAUACCUUGAGCCCCAACAGCAAUCAGAUUCAAACAAACGAACUGAAGCAAAAGAUACUUCAAAGCACUCACAGAAUGAUACACGAGGAAAAAGACCGCACGAUCAUCAUCAACUGCAGCAACAGCAGCAAAAACAUAAUCAACAGCAUAAAAAAAAACAUCUACAUCCACUUAAUCAACAAUAUCGAAAACAGCAGCCACAUUUGGCUGGCUUUUCGCAACAAAUGGAUCAGUCACAGCAGCAAAAUUCAAAGGAGCAGCUGCAACAACAAUAUCCGUUGCCGCAGAAUAUACUGGAACAGCAAAUGAAAGGCUAUCACCGUCCAAAUCAGGAUAGAUCGCGAUCAUAUCAGCAACUGCCACCCAGCAAAUCAAAGUCAAAUCAAGCGCUUAAGGAUGACCGGUAUAAAAACCAAUCCAGCGAAACUUUGACAAAAGGGGCCUACGAAAAACAGCGAGUAGUGCUCUUAAAACCCCAAGCCGAUCAAGACUAUAAAUUAUUGGGAGCAGCUAGAAAUGCCACUGAUUGCAAUGAACACAUCGAUACAGCCUCCGAUCACGAACUAGAGAACGAGCUAAUUGCAGACACCUUACAGCUGGCUAAUAAAAUCCGUAAGGCUGAUAAUGCCUGCCCAACGAAAGUGAGCCCAGAAUUGGCCUUUAAUACUGGCGAGAAAAUCGAUCAUUGGCUGCAAAACUUUGAUGACAAAGAGUCGCCAGCAAUCGAGCAUAAGAUCGCAGAUACUUCGGAUUUCUUUAAAAAUUUACCAAACUUAUCUUUGGUGGUUGGGAGAACGUCCCAAGAGCUCAAGUCAGCAUUGCAAAAUGUCUUCUUCUGGGAGCUUAUGGAGGACGACAAUGAUCGACAAAAGUCUCAAACAGGCAAGAAAGCCAUGCAAUCAAAUCAUCAAAGUGAAAUCGAAAGCAAUAGAAGCAAAAAGAAAGAGAAAAGAGUAAAGCAAUGCGCGUGAAGCCAGUGAAUGUAUAUAGAACAUAAAU